AUGGCAUCGAAUAAGAGUUUGUUCUGUCAUGAAGGCUUCACACCCCCGAAUAGUCCAACAUGGGUGACAGCCGCGUCUCAGGCUGUUGUGAAAGAUCUGAAGCAUUUCUUUGGUGUGUUUCUUGAGAGAUUGCUACUGGAUUUCACCAAUGAAGAACUUCCAAACACUCCUGUCACCCAGGAUCAGUCCGCACCAGGUCUGGACAUGGUUCCACUGAAGCGGUUGCUGGAACACGCAUCAGCCAAACUCUCCAUGGAAACUGAGCCACAUCAGUCUUGCUCUCCCAGCAAUGAGGAGGCGGAUGGACUUAAUCUCGAAAGUCCGAUCUGUACAACGCCGGGUCAUUUCGAGAGGUUUGAGAAAUGGGCAUCCAAAUCCCAAUACAAAACAGUUUUGGAAACGUAUGGGCCACUGCCUCCCUUCCGGUUUCGCUUCAGAGAUUUUCUGACGCCAGCGGUGAUCCAGACAAACUUUGCUGAAUAUGCAUUCGUUGUCCGCGAACGUUUGGAACGAAAUGCCGAGGAAGUGACGCCGAACAUAGACAUUAAGUCAGAAGGCUUGCGCGACAUCCUGCGCGUGGUGCUGCACGAUAUCAAAGCCAUUAGCCUAAUGGAGGACAAGCCAUCGAUCGAGCAAAAUAUCCUUUUCCAUUUCCUCCCAGAGCUCGACAAAUAUGCUGAAAAUAUGAACAACCCAGACGGUGAAUUCCCACUUGAGCACCCCCUCUUGCUCAUCCACCACCUCAAGCAAGCAAAUUCAGCUACUUCGCAGCGUCUCUCGGCAAUGCUACAGCACGGUCACAUUACAGUGAAAGUCGAAAACAGAUUCCCCCUUGGACACACGCGCUUUGUUUCUCGGCCCGUAUCGUAA